UUGACGAUGAAUACAGGUCACGAUAUCGGAAAGUGCAGCUCUUUUAGUAGCGUAAAAUAUUACAAGGCUCAUUCAUGACCAUGUAUAAGUAUUACUUCACACAAAGUCUAUACGCGCAAACAAGCACGGAAAUAACACAGUUAAAGUGUAAUAUAUUUAGUGCAAACAAUAGCAAAAUUGCAAGAACAUACGUUUAACUGUUCAAUCACUGACAUUUUGCUGGACCAAUCAAAAUUUCCCAAGCUUCGAACAACCAGCAAGAACUUGUUAGCCCAGCUGCCAUAGUGUGUCUAAACUGCCACUCAAACCUGUUUGAAGAUUCACUCGAAUAAGCAGUUUUCGCUCCAAGAAUAUUUUCCUGUCAAUCUAUUGCUCAGUUCUGGCUAGAUUCCAUCUAAACACGGACCAGAAUUGGCCAUUUUCAAUGUUAUGAUGUGUUUUGGAAAAUUCUAAUCCUUUGCAAUAACGGUCUAAUAGGAUUUUACGUCUCAAAGAAACUCGUUCAGUUUUAUAAGAAGUGACUACGUGCUCCAAUGGAGCAAUUAUUUGAGCGACUGACGUUUGCUGUCCUCUUUGCACUGUGCACAGGGCUUUGCACAGGAGAAAACGUGUCAGUCCUCCAUUAUCACGCGUCUGGUGUGAUAUUGAACCACAAUUUCACAAAAGAGUUUUACACGCAAGACACGAAAGAUUGUGGACCAUGUCAAAAUUUGACUAACAACAUCAGGAAAGGGUUCUGGAAGAUGUUCGACUUUUUUGUGCGAGUCAACCUAUUUAAAGAUUCUUCACUGCUUAACAAGACAUCUGAGGGUGUUUUCUUUGGACCUCCUUUACUUGGUGGCCAGGAAGUAAACACCACAGAGAAAACGGAAAUUCCACCUGAACAGAAAAGAGAAGAAAGAGGAAUCUACUUUAUUAUGGUGAUGCGAUUGGAUGUGAAUGUGACUAAUCCAGCCAGGAAUCUUCACGACUUGAAAGCUAUGAUACAAAACUCAUGCUGGUUGUACCUCAGAACUGUCGUACAUUUUCAGCUCCAUAACGAGGUUCUGUUAAACAGUACAGCAUUUAGUUUUCAGGAAAUUCCCGAAGCACUGGUUUCUGACUAUCUCAGCAUUUUGGAGCAGAAGUAUGGUUUUACGUCCAAAGCUGUUCUACGUAAAUACGAUGACAUCCCAGAAAGUCACCAGAAGGCACUGGCGAUUAUAUCUUAUGUUGGAUGCUCUUUAUCAGCUGUAGGACUGAGUUUAACGAUUUUGACCAUCGUCUUAUCAUGGAAGCUGCGCCGUUUACGUCAAAAUCAGAUUCUAGCUUACUUGUGUCUGUCGCUGCUGGCCGCCAUCUUGUUGUUUACUUUUGGUAUCAAUGGCAUCAUGGAUUCUGAUGCACUGGACCUUUGUAAAGCCAUGGCCGCCUUACUUCAUUUUUUCCUGCUUUCCUCCAUCUUGUGGAUGAGUAUCGAGGCGUACAACUUGUAUCAAGACCUGGUCAAAGUGUUUGAUACGACAUUAAUUUCACAGAACGAGUUCAUGUGCCGAGCUGGAGUAGUGGGAUGGAUUGUUCCGGCGGUGAUUGUGGUGAUAACUGUUCUGGCGAACCCUGACUCCUACGGCUUUCACGUCAUGGACAAGAACAACGGGACACUGUGCUGGAUAGACGCUGGCGCUUUCUACGGCGCAUUCCUCGCUCCAGUCCUCCUCGUCAUGGUCAUCAAUGCCUUCAUCUUCCUCGCCGUGAUGAAAGAAAUCUACAACAUUCCGCCCACGUGCGAGAAGACCAACCGCUUGUCUCACCUCAGGGCGACUGUGUCCGUCUUUGUCCUCCUUGGACUCAACUGGUUGUUCGCUGGUUUGGCUGCUACUGUCGGGACACUGGUUUUUCAUUACCUCUUCACGAUCACUUGCUCGUUUCAAGGUUGGCUCAUUUUUAUUCUGCACGGAAUUAUCAAGAAGGAUUUCCAAGAAGCUUGGCGCAUACUCACAACGAAAAACCGCUUCGUGGAGAUGAUACGAAGCAGCAGCCUGGCCACCAAGACCAUGAGUAUUUCAUCCCAUAAUUCCUCGUUCGCGAUGCAGGGACGUGAUAACCCAAUCUCGUUGAACGGCUUGACCGGAGGGGAUUCUGGGAUUGAGAUUCAUGUAGGCUCCAGUAUGUUGCGCAUUAAAUUCUCGAGUAAAUCAUCAUAAUUAAACUCAUGAAAUUUGACUGAUUGUGAUAGAUUCACAAUUUACGUUAAGAAGUGUGUCAUAUAUUUUGAGACGAUUAAGUACAUAGCGAAGUCGUCUUCCUAUGAAAUUCACCCUGUUAUCAACGAAUCAAAAUUGUAGAAAAACGCAAACUAUUUAAGCACUGGUCAAAUUUUAAUCGGAUUCAAUCCAUGUUGGCCUACAAGGUUGGGUAUUUUAAGAGAAUGCUAUUAAGCAGAAAUGAAUCUCAAGACAAGGUCCCUUUAAAUAUUUUGCUUAGUACAGAAAGUUAUUAUUUCUAGCCACGACACCAUAUCGUCAAAAUUUACAUUUUCACGGUUAGUGAUUGACUUAACGGAGUUAGCGGAAGGCUUAACCCAGACUUUGAAGACAUGAGCUUAUAAGCGUAGUUAUGUCAGGGUGGACUGGAAUUCAAAUUAUUAGGCUCAAUGUGGCUCAUGUCAGACCGUCAGACUCUCCCUCACACCUCAGCUCGCACCAUGUACGGUAUUGUGGUAGAGGCCCACACGGUUUUCUUUCUCUCAGUCACACAUACAUGAGUUGUGCUACUUGGCUGUCUCAGCUCUUUAAUUUGGCUUCGACUUGUUGGUAAAGACCAUUUUAACUAACGU